AAUCCGAGUAAACAUUGGUCGACCAAAAAAAUUUCGGAAGUAAACAACUCUCUCACCCAUGGAGAUGGAGUCUCUUCCUGCUUCCUCCUCCUCUGCAGAGUUCGAUGUGUUCCUUAGUUUCAGAGGCGCUGACACACGCAACAACUUCACCGGCCAUCUCCAAGAUAAGCUCCUUGGGAAGGGGAUCGACUCCUUCAUCGACGACAGGCUCCGCCGAGGGGAUGAUAUCACUGCGCUUUUCGACAGAAUCGAGCAAUCCAAGAUUGCAAUCGUCGUCUUCUCCGAAAACUACGCCAAUUCCGUGUGGUGCCUCCGGGAGCUUGUGAAGAUCCUCCAGUGCAGGGACAGAAACCAACAGCUGGUCAUACCAAUCUUAUACAAAAUUGACAAAUCCAAGCUAAAAAAUGUACGAAAAACGCGUUUUACAGGAGUCACGGAAGACGAGAUUGUAUCGUGGGAAGCUGCAAUCUCCACAGCAGUCGACAUAUCCGGCUAUGUAGUGGAUCGCUAUAGCACAUCCGAGGCCAAACUUGUGAAUGAUAUUGCUUUUGACACGUUCAAGAAGUUGAAUGAUUUGGCUCCCAUUGGGAACACUGGCCUUGUAGGAAUCGAAUCCCGACUGAAGACUCUUGAAAAGCUUUUAUCAUGCCAUGAGUUGGACUAUGUUCAUGUCAUAGGCAUUAUUGGAAUGGGUGGGAUUGGUAAAACUACUCUUGCUGAUUGCUUGUAUGAACGAAUGCGAGGCAUGUUUGACGGUUGCUGCUUUCUUGCAAACAUCCGUGAAAAUUCAGGUAGAAGUGGGAUAGAAUCUUUGCAGAAGGAACUCUUCUCUACUUUACUAGAUGAUAGAUAUCUGAAGACCGGAGCUCCUGCAAGUGCACAUCAGAGAUUUCAUCGCCGGCUUAAGAGCAAGAGGCUGCUUAUUGUGCUUGAUGAUGUGAAUGACGAGAAGCAGAUAAAAUAUCUUAUGGGGCACUGCAAAUGGUAUCAAGGAGGUAGUAGAAUUAUCAUAACUACUAGAGACAGUAAAUUGAUCAAGGGGCAAAAGUAUGUGCUCCCAAAACUGAAUGAUAGAGAAGCCUUGAAGCUCUUUUGCUUGAAUGCGUUUGCUGGCUCCUGCCCUCUGAAAGAGUUUGAGGGUUUGACAAAUAUGUUUCUGGAUUAUGCUAGAGGCCACCCUUUAGCUCUUAAGGUUUUAGGAUCUGAUCUUCGCGAUAUGAACAAACUCUUCUGGGAAGCUAAGUUGGAUUUACUGAAAAGUAAAUCACAUGGAGAUAUCUAUGAAGUUCUGGAAACAAGCUAUGAGGAGCUUAGCAAUGAUCAGAAGGAUAUUUUUUUGGAUAUUGCAUGUUUCUUCAGAUCGGAGAAGGUGGAUUACGUAACAAGCCUUCUGAGUAGUCGUGGUGUGGAUGUGUCAAGCCUGAUACAAGAUCUCGUUGACAAAUGUCUCAUCACUCGGUCUGAUAAUCGCAUCGAGAUGCAUGACAUGUUGCAGACCAUGGGAAAGGAGAUUAGUUUUAAACCGGAACCAAUAGGAAUAAGAGACGUUAGGUGGCUAUCAAAACAUCGCCCGCAGCACCACUGGCAUCUCAGACUAUGGGACAGUGAAGAUAUUUGUGACAUGCUAACCAAAGGCUUGGGAACUGAGAAGAUUAGAGGGAUUUUCCUCGACACUUCAAAACGGGGAAAAUUGCGUCUACGUCCCGACGCUUUCAAAGGGAUGUACAAUCUCAAAUACCUGAAAAUUUAUGAUUCUCGUUGCUCUCGUGGUUGUGAAGCUGUAUUUAAACUCCAUUUUAAGGGGCUUGAUUUCCUUCCUGAUGAGCUUGCAUAUCUACACUGGCAUGGAUUCCCGCUACAGCGUUUCCCUCUUGACUUCGACCCCAAGAACCUUGUAGACCUUAAGUUACCACAUAGUGAAUUAGAAGAAAUUUGGGGUGAUGAUAAGGUUGCUGGAAUGCUCAAAUGGGUUGACCUCAGUCAUUCCUCCAAUUUAUGCCGGCUUUUGGGUUUGGCUAAAGCUCAUAAUCUUGAAAGAUUGAACUUAGAAGGAUGUACAAGUUUGAAAAUGUUACCAUCAUCGAUUAAUUGUUUGGAGAAGCUUGUCUACCUCAAUCUCAGGGAAUGCACAAGCCUUAAGAGCCUUCCAGAAGAAACCAAAUCUCAAUCCUUACAAACUCUUAUUCUCAGUGGCUGCUCCAGCUUAAAGAAAUUCCCACUGAUCUCAGAAAGUAUUGAAGUUCUACUUUUAGAUGGCACAGCUAUAAAGAGUCUUCCCGACUCCAUUGAGACUUCAAGUAAACUUGCUUCCCUAAAUCUGAAGAAUUGCAAAAGGUUGAAGCAUCUUUCUUCUAAUCUUUACAAGCUGAAAUGUCUACAAGAGCUGAUUUUGUCAGGCUGCUCGCAACUAGAGGUUUUCCCAGAAAUCAAGGAAGACAUGGAAUCUUUGGAGAUUUUGCUUCUGGAUGAUACAUCCAUCACUGAGAUGCCAAAUAUGAAGCAUUUAAGCAAUAUCAAAACAUUUUCAUUAUGUGGAACAAACUGUGAAGUUUCUGUCCGUGUGCUCUUCUUGUCACCUCCAUUGGGAUGCUCUCGGUUAACAGAUCUUUACCUUUCGAGAUGCAGUCUCUACCGAAUCCCAAAUAUUAGUGGUAAUGGCCUAUCCUCUUUACAGUCUUUAUGCUUAAGCGGAAACAGUAUCGAGAACCUGCCAGAGAGCUUCAACCAACUUCACAAUCUAAAAUGGUUCGACUUAAAGUACUGCAAAAAUCUCAAGUCUCUACCAGUCCUUCCACAGAACCUGCAAUAUCUGGAUGCACAUGAGUGCGAGUCACUUGAAACUUUAGCAAACCCAUUGACGCCUUUGACGGUUAGAGAGAGGAUCCAUUCUAUGUUCAUGUUUAGCAACUGUUACAAACUGAACCAAGACGCACAAGAGAGUCUCGUGGGCCAUGCUCGCAUCAAAAGUCAGUUGAUGGCUAAUGCAUCUGUUAAGCGUUAUUAUCGGGGAUUCAUCCCAGAGCCUCUGGUUGGAGUCUGUUUUCCGGCAACUGAAAUACCAAGCUGGUUCUUCUACCAAAGACUAGGACGUUCACUAGACAUCUCAUUGCCUCCGCACUGGUGUGACACUAACUUUGUUGGACUUGCCUUCUCAGUGGUUGUCUCAUUCAAAGAAUAUGAAGACUGUGCCAAACGUUUCUCGGUUAAAUUUUCUGGCAAAUUCGAGGAUCAAGACGGUUCAUUUACACGAUUUAAUUUUACUCUCGCCGGCUGGAACGAACCAUGUGGAACACUUCGCCAUGAACCUAGAAAGCUUACUUCUGACCACGUUUUUAUGGGAUACAAUAGUUGCUUCCAGGUCAAGAAGCUCCAUGGAGAGAGUAACAGUUGCUGUUACACAAAGGCUUCGUUCAAAUUCUAUGCAACGGAUGAUGAAAAGAAGAAGAAGCUUGAGAUGUGUGAGGUGAUAAAAUGUGGGAUGAGUUUAGUGUAUGUUCCAGAAGAUGAUGAAGAGUGUAUGUUGUUGAAGAAGACAAAUCUGGUUCAGUUGAGUUGGAAGACCGAACCAAGCUGUUCCAACGGUUCUGAUGAUGUCAACAUCAUGGAUGAUCUUAGACCCAAGAGGGGACGAUGCCAGGUUGGUGGUGGUGAUGAAGAACCAUAUCAUAAGAGAACGAAGUAGGAGCAUUUUGGUGUGAUAAAUUUUAUAUUUUUAUUUGUUAUAUAAUUAUUAACUACACCUCGACUCAUGAAGGUAUUUUUCAUUUAAUUUUUUUUUAAAAAUAAUUGUAUUAACUAUAUUUUAUUUGAAUAAUGUUUAUGAUUAUUUGUACGGGUAUUUUCUAUAUA